CUCCCGAACUACUCAUUACUUUUUUACGAGAUGUUUUAUCCUUUCUCGAGUAAUUAACAUCCGCGAAUGUUUAUUUACGCGGCUGUGUGUUCAUUGUUUACGUUCGUUUCGUCCCCGACACGUUUAGUUUCCAUAAAAAGUGCGAAAUGUCACCCCGUUUGACAAUCAGCUGAUUCAAGAUGGGAAGGUGUGGUGUGAAUUAUUUACCGUUCCGGUGCUCACUUUAGUUCCUUCCGUUUAAUUCCAUCCAAAUUUUAGUACAAUUAUUUAAAGCAAUGGCCCUUAGUUUAUGGAACCUCACACAAAGCAUAGACCUCCAGACUGAGCUCAAAGAAAGCGUCACGAAAAUAAGCAAUAUCGAAAACCACCUGUACAUCCAGACAUCAAGCAACUGUUUAUACCACGGAACCGUACAAACAAAAGAAAACGUAUCGUACCUAGAGUUAGAAUGUUGCGAGGAGUGGAAAGUGAUAGAUGUAGAUUGCUGUAAAGAUAGCUUAUAUGUUGUAGACAUAGAAGGCAAUGUGUUUAAAUGUACAAAAAAUUUAGAGAAGUGUAGCGAAAUUACGUUAGUCGAGGACUACCAGUGCUCGAGGGGCCACACAGGCACGAAAUGCAAGAUGAAAGUGGGCAAAAUCUCAAUCGGGGCCUUUGGCCACUUGUUUGUGACCGAGUCGGGGCACUUGUGGGCCAUGGGGUGCAUGCCCCAGAUAGGGAUCAAUUCGGAGGUGCCCAAGAAGGUUAAUUUUUUUAAUGGGCGGUUCGUGCACAGCGUGGAUGUGGGCAGCGAUUUUGCCAUAGCGAUUGUGAGCAAGCAGACGAAGGACGACGUUGAUAGUGACGAAGAAGAUGUUUUUAUUUCCAAUUGUCCGCAGUGUUUGUCGGCGUCGCAGCUGACGAGUCCGGCGUCGCAGACCUCCAUUUCUGAUAUGUGUCCGCUUGGGAUGAAAGUGCAAGGCAGCUACGACAUCGAAACCACCUCCACCAGCAGCAAGAACGACAGCAGCAUCAGCUCCGACCGCCGCCUCGUCCACAGCGAGGACGAAGCCGACGAGAAAACCGACACCCAAAAGGUGGAAAAGAACAUCAUCUUCCGCAACACCGAAGCCGCCAAGGAGUUCCUCACCCGCCAGAUCUCGCGCAUGUCCUCCGCCGGCGAGGAGUACCUGGUGGAGUGCACCGAAAAGCCCACCCGGAUCAUCAAGGAGAACAUGACCAACGUCGCCAGCUUCGUGUACGAGGGCGUGAAGACCGUGGGCGACAAGGUCGUGACGUUGUCGCGCCACGUCAGCGGCAGCUCCGACUGCAACAGCAUCAUCGAGAACCUGCCGGAAGUCAGCAACAUCCCGCGCUCGGUGUCCAAGGACGACGGCGUGUGCUCGCUGAGCCAGUGCACGUCGGAGAAGGACCUGUCGGAGGGGGAGAUCAAGGACAGGGUGGCCGCGGUGGUGCGCAGCGGGUCGAGCCUGAUCAACUGCGAGGUGUGGACCUGGGGGAACAUCAUCCACGGACAGUUAGAUUGCCGACAGGAUUUAGAAAGCGUACAGAAUGAUUGCUUAAAUAAUCCGAUUCGGCAGUUUUUUCAUAAGUUUGUGGGGAUGCGAGAGAGUGCGGAGACAGUAACAGGCAUCGGUGACAUAAUCCGCCGCGAACGCCCCAUGAUAAUCACCAAAUUGUCAAAUAUAGGUGUUCGAAAAGUCUCCGUACAGAACUACCACGCAUCCGUACUGACCUUAGACGGUCGAGCGUACAUCUGGGGCCGCAACAACCAUAACCAAGUAACAAUGGACAGCAACGUGGACCAAAGCUCCCCCAAGUUGUACAACACCAACAAAGACGAACGCGUGAAAGACGUAGUAUGUGGCGAGUACUACACAGCGGUACUGAACAACACCCUCAAUUUAAACUACUUCGGAAAGGGGGCCGACAAAACCGUGGACCUGUACUCCGGCGACAGCCGCGAAAACCGAAUUACUCUAUUUAGGAACUUGCUGUCCAGCCAGCAGUACACCUUGCUGAACGUGGGCGGUUCCGUGGACAACUUCUUCGACAGUUUCCUCAUCCAAGAACAGAAGUUUCUGGAGGAGAUGCUCGUGGUGCAGACGUGCAUCAUCAAGCCAUUCCAGAAGAAGAACGUGAACGCUUCCUACACGACUUUGUAUGAAGAGCUAUGCAAGAACUAUAUGGAAUUGUUGCACUUUUGGGCCGCCAAUGUUCAUAGUAUGCUCGAGUACAGCAACGGACUGAUCUCCCUAUGUGAUAUUAUCGUCUUUAGAUAUUUGGAGGAGUUUAUUUUCGUGUACAAGAACUAUAUCAAUACUAUACUCAAUGUGAUUAGCAUAGACGGUUUCCAUAGCAUAUCAAAACUGAUUGAAAUAUCUCCGAAUUUGUACAAACAGAGACCAGAUAGCUUUCCUAGGAAGGAAAAAAACGAAGAACACAUUAUUUCUACGUACCUGUUGGCACCCUUGGACCGCCUCGACACCUACACCACCACCAUACAAACCUACUCCAAGCAACUGAACACCGACGCGAAAAAAUGGACCGACUUCGUCGAGGAAGAGCUCCAAAAGAAACAACAAGCCGAACUGACCAAGGAGUUUUGGCUCAACUCGGGGAAGGUCGUGGAGUUCCUCAAAUCCUCGGACCGCCGACUCAUCCGGGAUAGCCACAAGUACCCGAUUUUCCUCCACAACGCUAGUCGGUUUUCGUCGCAUUGGUUCGUCUUAUUUUCGGACCUUUUCGUCCACAUGAACGGCUCCACCUCGCACUUGCACAACCUCACGACCAUAUGGAUCGAGCCGCAGCAGGACGAAGCGUCCCAGCAGUACCAGAUUUGUUUACGAAUGCCCGAGGAGUCGCUUAUUUUGUAUACGAACGAACCCGAGACGAAAAUCGAGUGGUUCCAUGCCCUCCAGAACGCUAUUAAGACGGCGAUGAAUAAAAGCGACGCGUUGCAGCCGCCCACGGUGCGGAAUGGGAGUUACGCGUUUACUAGGAACAGCGGGUUUUUUAAGGAUUCGACGUAUACUGGGCGUUGGUUGAACGGGAAGAUGCACGGGAACGGGAAGCUGCAAUGGAACGACGGGAAAGUCUUCACGGGACAGUUCUCCAACAACCUGUUGUGUGGAUUUGGGGUUAUGGAGAUCCCCAAUGUGGGGACAUACGAGGGUCAGUGGAAGGACAACCAACAAAAUGGGUUAGGGGUGUUUAAAUACGCGAACACGGACGUCUACCGAGGUCACUUUAAAGACGGACAACCCCAUGGGCAUGGGUUCCUCCAGAAAGGGAAUUUCAUGGCAAACGCAGCCUCGUUCUACAUCGGGGAUUGGGUGAACGGGAUGAAGAACGGUUACGGGGUCAUGGAUGACAUCGCCAAUGGUGAAAAAUACAUCGGGAGUUGGAUGGACAAUAAAAAACACGGGAACGGGCUCAUAGUCACCUCCGACAGUCUCUACUACGAAGGGAUUUUUAACCAAGACGUCCUCACCGGUCAAGGUGUAAUGAUCCUGGAGGAUGGUACUCACUAUGAGGGCGAAUUCCGUGGUACCGGGGUACUCUAUGGCAAAGGAACCCUGACUCUAGCGUCCGGGCACACCAUCGAAGGCAACCUAACGGGUUCCUGGAACGAAGGCAUCCGAAUCUCCAACGGGGUCUUCACCAGAAGCAGCGAAAAAACCCUUCCGCAAACAUUCAAAGAAUUUUGUACCCCCGUCCACCAAAAAUGGAAGGCUUUAUUCAAACAAUGCCACCAGGUUUUAGGUAUCCCUGACGGUAUUAAAAACGGGGCGAAGUCGCUCGAUACCCAGAAGAUCUGGCAAAAUGUAGCCGUCUACCUUUCCAACACCAGCAGCUUGAAGAAGACGAAGACUUCCGACAAAAAAUUCCAAAAUUCUUUGAAUAAUUUAGACAUAAUUCCGCCUUUCGGGCGCGAGAAGCUCGACAUGGGGACUUAUUUAGAGGUAAAGAGUUACCUAGCGAAGGCUUUCGAAAGCAACUUCCAUCCAUUAGGGUCACUUUUGACCGACUUAUCCGAAGCGUACAACACGACGUACGGUGGGCGUGCCCACCCCCUCCUACUCACUCACGCCAUCACCGAACUGCACUACAUUUGCAAGCGACUGUACGAAAUCGUCCGAUUUUUAUUCCCCGCGCUUCCGUCGUACGACAAAGAAUGUCUCGUCGAAAACGAAGACGACGAAGAGAUCAUCAAUUAUCAGUCUCUUCUGUACCCCCUGAUUCUCCCCAAGGUGCACCAUCCACUAUUCACGCUUUUCACGCUCAAGAAUGAGCAACUCGAGCGACAAUACAAAAGAACUUUGAUGGAAUGGAACAAACAGAGCGAUUGCGCACUGAUGACGUUUUUAUCCGUGGACCAGAAAUUCUUCAAGAUGGAGGAACAAUACACGGCUUCUCCGCACGUGUUUGAAGACGCCAUAGAGACGUUGCAGCAGCUGAAGUCGACCUUCUCGCCCACGGAGAAGCUGCUGGUGAUCAGACAGACGGUCGAGAAGAUGACGCCGGUGGCGCUGGAGCGACUGGGGGAGGGCUACGUGUGGAACAUGGACGACCUUUUCCCGAUUUUCUUGUUCGUGGUGGUGCGGGCCAGGAUACCGGAUCUGGGGUCGGAGCUGGACUUCGUCGACAAUUUUAUGGACCCGAGUUUGGAGAGCGGGGAGUUGGGGAUCAUGUACACCACACUAAAAGCCAGUUACCAGCAAAUCCUGAAGGAGAAAGUUUCCAGUUAUUAGUACAAUUAAAUCCAAAUUUUAUUUUUAAUAAAUAGAAACGUUUUGUGAUAAUACAAUAAUUCUUGUUAUUAUUUUUAUAUAUUUUAUUUAAAGUUAUUAAAGUGAAAACAUAUCAUGCA